UCGUUAUUGAUAACGGUGCAACAUUUAGCCAAAUUAAACCCUAAUGCAGUGGAUCCAGAGUUUUGUUUACCAGAACAAUCGAAUUGUCCUCGAUUAAAUAUUACCCACAGUUUUGGGCACUGGGGCACUGCCCAACCAAAAUUCCUCCGUUAACCUGUCUGGGUCUAAAUUGUUUUCUGCGACUUGCAAUAUACUAUGAAUAUUAAUUUAUUGUGACAGACUUUAUGGGUAAUUAGUGAAUAUCUACAAAUUUAUUUGGAAAUAAGUUUUUUCAAAACACUGUUUCUUAUUAUUAUUUUUUGAGUAUUAUUUAUGCAAAUAAGUGAUAAUGGCUGGCGGUUUCGUCAAGGGCGAGAUAAAGUUGGACACGAAGCCGGUGUAUUACUCCGGCCAGGUUGUAUCAGGAUCCAUAGACUUUACUCUGGAUAACCCAAUAUCUUUUUCUGUAAUCUACAUUCAAUUUAUUGGAGAGGCCACAGUGUCUUGGACUGAGAGUGAAAUAGAGACUGUGAAUGGUGUUCAGAAUCAUAGAAUUAUUAAUUAUGUUGGCCGAGAGGAAUACUUUAACCAAAGAGUUACACUGGCUGGAGGGACAGGUGUUUCCCAACUGUCCGCUGGUCCGCAAUCCUAUGCCUUCACUUAUCAGCUUCCUUUCAAUGCCCCUUCCUCCUUGAAACGAGAACAGGGUAAAAUAACAUACUCCAUGAAAGCACACUUGGUACAUGCAGACCCUUCAAUACUGGUUGAUGAGUUGGAAAAGGAAUUCGAAGUUGUAGCACCUUUUGAUCUGAAUUUGGGAAGUACUUUGAUUAAACAACCUACCCAAGUGGAAUUUGAAGAAGUGUAUGGCUGCGAUUGUUUCUGCAGUACCAACCCUGUUACAAUACGCGUAAAGUUGCCGUACUCUGGUUACUGCCCUGGGCAGGUCAUACCCAUCGCGAUUGAAGUUGUCAACCAAAGCAGUGUUGAAAUCACUAAGAUGAUAUUCCAAAUUGUGUCGAAAGAGCUAUACCGCAGUCACCAGCCGCCCUCUGAGUACAUACUACCGGAGACAGUGCUGGCCACCACAAAGAAGGGGCCCGUAAUGGCGCGGAGCAAGCGGAGCCUUACCUGUGAUCUCGUAGUGCCUGAGAUUAUACCACCUUACCUUGAGAACUGCGGUAUCAUCGAUGUUGGGUACUUCUUCAGGGUAACAAUAAAACUAUCAGGAUGUAAUGACGAACUACAAGAUGAAGGUGAGAUCUGUCUUGGAUUGGUACCUUUGAGAGAAUUUACUGAAGAGUAUGUGCAUCCAUUGGCUGAUAGUUUGCCAACGGGGCCUAUUCCAGACAUCAGUCAGGCACCACCCCAUCUCCUGCUUCCUCCUGUCAUCAUCACCAAUGCUGUAAGGUCGUCCAACGCCAGCCUGAAUAGAGUGCAAUACGCCCCUACUCAACUAAACCCCUACCAAAAUCCUCCUCCUUACCCUGGUCUAAACAGCGGCUACCCUGGACCUAGAUCAGCAUCUCCAGCACAAAUGGAAAUGAAGCCUAAACUUGAGAUAGGGUUCACAAUACCGGCUGAUGUAAAUACAGGGUAUCCGGGUGCUGGGUCGGGGUACCCGAGGUCUGGUCCGGCUUAUCCGACAAACCCUCCGGUUAGAAGAGGCAAUCCUCCAUCUUAUGAGGCUAGUAUACAAUCUCCUUACCCUCCAAGCAAUAUGCCUGGUCCCUCUUAUACUCAAGGAGGAUUCGCGCCGUCAGCCCCACCGCCUUCGUAAGUACUUCUUUUUUAUAAAAAUCCUCAUUUCUUCUGCCUUAUUUCUAUUUUUGAAAGGAAUGACAAGUUUGUUAUUUCUAUAGUAUUGCUGUUGGUAUUUAAUUAAUAUUUGAAUGCAAGUUUUGUUCAAAGUUAUCCUGUGAGUAAUUGAAAUGAGUAGGUAUGUUUUCCGUGUGAUUUCAUUCACAUAUUUAUUUUCUUAUUGGAGGCAAAGUUAUUCAGGAAGACAUUUUUAGGAUUACAAUUAAUUACCGAUGAUGUAUGUUAUCUACAAAUUGAAAUACAAUACAAUAUGAUUGUAUAUACAUAAAUUUACUUAGACAUAAGAGCAUUUAUUAUUGACUAUUGUCUUAUAUUCGACUUAAUUAUUAUAAUCAUGGCCUUAAGAAUCUUUAAAAAGAUAUUAUAAAUGUUUGAUAAUUGUAACAUUAAAUAAUCGUGCUUAAAUGGACCUUGGUGCAUUGAAAUCUCAACUUUAUUACGUAAAUAAUUAAAGUAUAUUUUACAGUGACUUAACACAUUUGGUUUAGAAACUUGUACUGCAAAAAUAUCUUUACUACUCAGAACAUAAAGUUGACAAUGCGCUGAGAUAAAUGUAUGGAAAUGGUACUUAACAAUUUCAAUAUUUUGAUUAGAUUCUGUACAGUCUAAAGUUACUUAAUUAUGUGCCUCUAAUUAAAAGACAAUAUUGUCUAUUGCAGACAAAUAAUACACAAAUGCCAUAAUAUUUACUAUUUUUAAGCAUAAUGAUAAUAGAUAUCGCCUUAUAAUUCUUAACUUUAUACAUAAUAAUUAUAAUAUGAUAUACUGUAGAGAUAUUAAUUGGAAUAAUGUUUUUUUAUUGUUAUAAAAUUAUUAUUAAUUGAUUUUACAUACGGUGCUAAAAGCUUCGUCACAGUUGAUUGUACUUCAAAAGUACAAUUUUGUAAUUAUUUUUUAUUAGGUGCUAACAUUUAUACUGUUACAAUAAGCUACACGUACGCCCUCUGUCGUGCCUUGUUCCGUUCUUUCUUUCUUCCUAUUUUAUUUUCUUAUAUUUUUGUUGUUACAGUAAUAAAUUAUUAAAUGUUCGUACGUGCAUCGUACACGUAUUGUGAAAUGAACUUUACUCAUAAUAAAUUAAAGUUGUUAAUUCCAAAUUUAUUUAGAUUCGUUGGUAGUAGUUUUUUACAUUUUUAUUUUUUAUUCUCUAUUCUUUGUUGGACAUGGUGCUUACAGUAAGUUAAGGAAGCGUUGUUCUAGUCUUUUGGUAAGGCGAACAUUGUGAAACUCCUUUGAGGAGUGUGGAAAUAUUUAUUAUAUAUGGAUCUGAUUGUUGAAAGAAUGUAAGUGAUUUAGGACUAAACUGGUGACUUUCAAGGAUAUAAAAUGAAGCACUUGUGAGGAUCUACCUUAGAUGUUAAGGCUAGAUGACAGUUGCCCCACGUAGCAUACUGAUAUGCAGCCCAAAUAUAUAAGAUUCAGUGCCAACCCCAACAUAUUUAAGUGACUAU